AUGUCUUGUCGCUCCUACCGUGUCAGCUCUGGUCUCCACCGGGUGGGAAACUUCAGCUCCUGCUCAGCAGUGACACCCCGGCCCCUGUACUGCUUCCAGCCCAGCACUGGCUCCUGCAGGAACGGGCCUGGAUACCGGGGCCUAGGCGGCUUUGGUAGUUGGAGCGUCACCACCCUUGGACCCUGCUCACCCCGCAAGGCAGUGGGCGGUCCUCUUCCCACCCGCUGUGGAGUUGGCUUUGGGGUCGGAAGUGGGGUGGGCCUGGGCUUGGGUGCCUGCAGUGGUGUCGGCCUGGGGUUUGGAGCUGGCAGCGGCCUUGGCUAUGGUUUCAGUGGUCCCGGCUUUGGCUACCGAUCGGGAGGACUCGGCGUCCCCACGGCCCCGUCAAUCACCGCUGUGACUGUCAACCAGAGCCUGCUCACCCCUCUCAACUUGGAGAUCGACCCAAAUGCCCAGAGGGUGAAGAAGGAUGAGAAGGAGCAGAUCAAGACGCUGAACAACAAGUUUGCCUCCUUCAUCGACAAGGUGCGGUUCCUGGAGCAGCAGAAUAAACUCCUGGAGACCAAGUGGAGCUUCCUCCAAGACCAGAAAUGCACCAGGAGCAACUUGGAGCCCCUCUUUGAGAGCUACGUCAACAACCUUCGGAGGCAGCUGGACACCGCAGCCAGUGACCGGGCCCGGCUGGAGGCCGAGAGGAACCAUCUGCAGGAUGUCCUUGAGGGCUUCAAGAAGAAGUAUGAAGAGGAGGUGGGCUUGCGGACCUGUGCUGAAAAUGAGUUUGUGGCUCUGAAGAAGGAUGUGGACGCUGCUUUCCUGACUAAGUCUGACCUAGAGGUCAACGUGGAUACUCUUGUGCAGGAAAUUGAGUUCCUGAGAGCCCUGUACAUGGAGGAGAUCCGGCUGCUGCAGUCCCGCAUCUCAGAGACAUCUGUCAUCGUGAAGAUGGACAACAGCAGGGACCUGGACCUCAACGGGAUCAUUGCUGACAUCAAGGCCCAGUAUGAGGAGAUCGCCCAGCGCAGCCGGGCUGACGCUGAGGCCUGGUACCAGACCAAGUAUGAAGAGAUGCGGGUGACAGCUGGCCAGCACUGUGACAACCUGCGCAGCACACGGGAUGAGAUCAACGAGCUGACCCGGCUCAUCCAGAAGCUGAAGACUGAGAUUGAGCACGCCAAGGCUCAGCGUGCCAAACUGGAAGGGGCCGUGGCCAAGGCCGAGCAGCAGGGUGAGACGGCCCUCAAUGACGCUAAGUGCAAGCUGGCCGAGCUGGAGGCCGCCCUGCAGCAGGCCAAGCAGGACAUGGCGCGGCAGCUGCGUGAGUACCAGGAGCUCAUGAACGUCAAGCUGGGCCUGGACAUCGAGAUCGCCACCUACAGGCAGCUGCUGGAGGGCGAGGAGCACAGGCUCUGUGAAGGUGUUGGAGCAGUGAACAUAUCUGUGAGCAGCUCCCGGGGCGGCAUGGUGUGUGGCACUGAGCCCCUUGUCUCCAGCUCCUGCUUCUCCCGCGGAGGGGUGACCUUCUCCAGUGGAAGCAGGGUCCUGACUUCAGGCAGUGCCUGCGGCUCAAGCUUGGGAGGUGCCCGGUUGGCCAUGGCUGGAGGUGACCUGCUGGGCACGGGCACCCAGGUGGGCUCUGUGCUAGUGGGUGAGGCUUGUGCCCCCAGCAUCCCCUGCCCCCUGCCCACUGAGGGGGGCUUCAGCAGCUGCAGCGGAGGCCGAAGAAGCCAUGGCUCCAGCGUCCGCUUUGUCUCCACCACCACCUCCCGCCGGACCAAGUACUGA